CAGCUAAUGCCUGGCUCGUCAAAGCUUUUGGUCAGCUGCAUAGAGGAAUCCAAGAAAGAUAACAGAAUUCCAGCACUUCAAGCAAAACUGUCCCUGCUCAAAAGCAUUUGAAAAUGCAGACAGACGCUUACCUAAUCCAGGUGAACGGAUCCGUAACUCAUCCAAAGGUCCUCGAUGUGCACGUGAAUAUCCAGGGACCUAAUACUCUGGAGAAAAUCAAAAUCCAAAAGCCAAGAUGGGCAGUACGUGCAUCGGAGAUGUCAAAGAAAACCUUUAAUCCCAUCAGAGCCAUUGUGGAUAACAUGACCGCCAUACCCAAUCCUGACAAACCAAUGAUUGCUUUGUCUAUAGGAGACCCCACAGUAUUUGGGAACCUACCUACUGAUAAUGAAGUAGUCAAGGCCAUGAAAGAAGCUAUUGACUCAAAGAAAUACAAUGGUUAUGCUCCAAGUAUAGGUUACUUGUCAAGUCGAGAAGUGGUUGCAAAAUAUUACACAUGCCCAGAAGCACCUUUGGAAGCCAAGGAUGUCAUUCUUACCAGUGGAUGCAGUCAAGCUAUUGAGCUUGCUCUAGCAGUACUUGCCAAUCCAGGCCAGAAUAUACUGGUUCCACGUCCAGGAUUUUCUCUUUACAAAACCUUGGCUCUUUCAUUGGGAAUAGAAGUCAAACUAUACAAUUUGUUGCCUGAGAAAUCUUGGGAGAUUGACCUGAGGCAUAUGGAGUCACUGGUGGAUAAUAAGACAGCUUGCAUUAUCAUCAAUAACCCAUCAAACCCCUGUGGCUCUGUUUUCAGCCGGAAACACUUGCAAAAAAUCCUGUCAGUGGCUUCCAGGCAGUGUGUGCCUAUUCUAACAGAUGAGAUCUAUGGCGAUAUGGUUUUUGAGGAAGGGGCGUUUCAGGCUUUAGCACCCCUAAGCAACAAUAUUCCAAUCCUGUCAUGUGGUGGACUUGCCAAACGGUGGCUUGUGCCUGGUUGGAGGCUGGGAUGGAUUCUAAUCCAUGACCGGAAAGAGAUUUUUGGAAAAGAGAUCAGAGAAGGCCUUAUGCGGCUGAGCCAGCGCAUCCUUGGCCCUUGCACUAUUGUUCAAGGAGCCCUAGAUCACAUCAUGAACAAAACACCACAGGAGUUCUAUGACAACACUAUCAGUUUUACUAAGUCAAAUGCUGACCUGUGCUACACUACCCUCAGCUCUGUCCCUGGACUCUGCCCAGUUCGACCAGCCGGAGCUAUGUACUUAAUGGUUGGAAUUGAGAUGGAGUAUUUCCCAGAAUUUGAGAGUGAUGUGGAUUUCAUAGAAAGAAUGAUCUCUGAACAAUCAGUUUUCUGCCUUCCAGCUACUUGUUUUGAAUAUCCCAACUACUUCCGCAUUGUCCUGACUGUUCCAGAAGAAAUGAUGAUUGAGGCUUGCAGGCGUAUCCGGGAGUACUGUGAAUGCCACUAUCAGGGAGCUGAGAGCACCCAAGACCUGGAGUGUGAUAAAUGAGCCGUUUGCAUGAAUCCCCUAUGCUGUCUAACUUUGUUUUCAUUGACUCCGCAACCACAUCUCUUUAAAAUGUCAUUCCUUUAAAUCAAAGUUAUAUUUAAUUGCUGGUUUUGACAAUAGGAAAAAAAAUGCAUCAAAAAAUGGGGAAACUGUAGCCCCACACUACAACCAUUGUACCACCUGACAUCAGCUUGUUAAUUUCUCUGCCUGAAAUAAAACGGGCCACCUAUAUCUAUAAACUGUAUAACAAAAUAUGAAUAUAAUGGUGGGUUCUAAUAGCAGAACACAAGUCACAUAGUCACUCUUACAGGUGCAGAGGACCUCUGCUGGCUACAGCUACCUCUAGUGGCAGAACAGUAGUCACUGCAAAGAACUUUAAAAUGAUGGCAGCAGUUUAGAGUUCCAAACUGUAAAAACAUACAAAUAAAUAAAGGAACAAUCAAAUAGAUUGAAUGUUAAUAUUCUGUAAGAUAUUCCACUGUCUGGCAUGUAUACCUUGACUUCUCUUUCCUUCUUGACGUUGUACCCUAUAAUGUGGCUGUUUUUAGACCAAGCAGAGCUUUGAAGUAAGAAUUUGAUGUCUUGUGAACUUGAUCUACAGCCAAGUAUGAGAUCAGUUAAAUGAUGACUCCAUUGAAACAAGAGAAAAUGUUAUUUCACAUGCCAUUUUAGAGAAAUGUAUAUUUGUGUUAAUACUCCAUAACAUCAAUGUAUUAUUUGAUAAACUGUCUUAGCUGCCUUUAUAUUUUUAAAAUUACGGUAUUAAUGACUAAACUGACAUAUUGAUUAUAUAUAUAUAUAUAUAUAUAUAUAUAUAUAUAUAUAUAUAUAUAUAUAUAUAUAUAUAUAUAUAUAUAUAUAUAUCUAUCCCUUUUGCUUACAUUCCGUUUAACACAUACCCUAGCUCAAGGAUUCACAUACUCUAAAAUGUCAGAAUCUGUAUUUCUAGUUAAGCAGUAGAGAUCUGGCACUUACCUAAAUACUAUUAUUUUUAUGUACUUUUUAUGCUGCAAGUGUUUUAUAUCCUAUAAAUUACCUGCAUGUGAUUUUCUUACUCUAUAUAUCUACUGUAAAGUGAAUAAGUUAUUGUGUAUUUUUUAUUAAUAAAGUUUAUAACUUUUA